AUGCACACCGAUUCGUUGUAUUGUGGAUUCUCUAAACUUGUACAUCAUCAAAGGACUGACUUGAAAAUCACAUUAUACCGUAUACCGACCCCCUAUCACAUGGGAGUCGAGGACUUACCACCGCUGUUCAAAAAGAAUUACGAAGGGCAAAAAUUUUGCGAUAAAAUCGCGGCAACACCGUUCUUCUUCUGCGAAGGGCGUAGGGAAUGGCUAGGGCUGUGGAUAGGUUACGGCGACUAUUUCUACUGCGGGUUCAGUAGCUACCAGCACGGAAGAGAACGAUGGAAAGGCUUAAAUAAAAACAACUGA